AUGCCACCGAAGGUUAAUAAAGUAGAAACCAUUAAGAACGCACCGCGUUUGAUUGAAGAAGAUGAAGUCAAAACGAAAAAACAAGGACAGAAAACCACGGUUUGUGUCCAUCCCAUUGCACGUCCUAGCAGAGAAGUUAGCAAUAAAAUUAUACCAACGAAAGAAUCUAUUCCAACUUGUAGUGGCAAUUGGCAGCCAAGAGUUAACAAUAAGGUGGCUACUGUGGUACAGAGUUCACCAACGAUCUCGGAGGUGUUAUCGAAUAUGCAGAUAGAGGCUGAAUAUUCGAACAAAAACAGAGUGGACGAUGUUUCAUCGUUAACUGUUGGAAGUAACAAUACAAUAGAAGCUGUCGGAUCUACUCAAGGAAAUGCUAACAACACGGAACUGGUCGAAAUUAAAGCUGCAAAAUUAAAUAAUCCUGUCAAUCGAAGGCCUCGUUUGAUCCCUGUUCGUAGCAAUUUGGGUAUUGGACUGCGUGGUCGGAUGCUAACAAAUGUAUCGAAUGUUGUGACUCCAACGUCACGUCAAACAAUGAAAGAGGCAUCGAUUAUGGUAGAUUCCAAUGUCCCUAAUAUCGGUGAAAAUAUUUUUUCAGAAGAGAGCGACGGUGAUUCCAUCAAGUCGGCUUCUAAGUCUGAGGGCCAAGGAAUUGAAGGAAGUGCUAUUACCUCAGAAGUGGUCGUAACGAAAACUGGAAAAUUAAAGAAACCAGUCGUUCGAAGUACACGUUUGAUAGCUGCUCGUUGCAACAUUGGUAGUGGAAUUCGUGGUCCAAUGAGAUCCAAUGCGUCGAAUGAUCGUCAAACAAUCGAAGAUGUAUCGAAUGCGUCAGAUUCUGAUUACGACAAUAUCGGCGCUAAUAUAGAUUCGGAUGACAGCGACGUAGAGUUCUCCACUGAAACAAAUGCUGACCACAUCGAUGAAACUGAUUCUAACGACGAAGUGUCGGAUGAUGAUGACAUUGACCAAACGGAAAUCAAAAAUGGGCCAAAAGAUAACCAUUGGCGUUUUGAGAGAUCUUUCGAAAGCUUACAAUCCAAGGAUACAUUUCUAGCGAAAGAAAGUUGGUGGUCGUUUCGUAGUAAAAAUCAAUGCACCGAUGGAGUUAAGACCUUAUAUCGCUGCAAUCGAGUUAAACGCACGAGCAAAGAGCAAUGUCAAGCCGGGAUUUAUAUCGUUGAAUCGUCAAAGUUUGCUGCCGAUGGCCCUGCGACAUCCUACUCAUUAUAUCGAAAGAGUGCUAUUCAUACGCACAAGAGGUCACCGGAAUACAAGGAGAAAAUUACAAACCGUGUUAAGGAUAUAAUAAUUGAUCUCUACAAGUGCGGAAGAAAACCAAAAAACAUUUCAUUUAUUAUAUUGGCCGAUUCAUCAGUAUCAUUGAAAGAUAAGCCGAGCUAUAUACAAAUCCGUCAAACUAUACUCAAUUUCAAAAACAAUGGAAGUGGAUCGACGCCCCUUACAAUGCGAAAGCUAACAGAUUUUGUGAAAAGCCACAUGCAAGUGCCGACUGACGACGACACACCGUUUGUGAUCUUAUUCGAAAGAUCCCCACCGCAACAGAGCCACAACAAAUUUUUUCGGUUUUUUAUUUCUACAAAGCGUUUAUUGAAAAACGCAGCGGAUUCAAACAUCGUACAUGCCGAUGCAACUCAUAAAGUAACAACGGAAAAGAUACCGUUGAUUGCUGUUGGAGUCACUGACUACAAUAGCAAAUUCCAUUUUGCUGGUAUGACGUUGUCGAACCACGAAGCGUCAGACGAUUACAAAUUAUCAUUUGAAGGGCUAAGAACGGGUGUUAAAGCAGUAACGAAGAAACGAUUCGAGCCGGAUGUAUUAGUCUGUGAUGCCGACGCCGCUAUACAUAACGCAUAUAAAGCGGUAUUCGUGGGUGAUGAGGGUAAUUACUUGUCUCAACAUUUACUUCGAAUCCUCUAACUCACUUAAAUUAAUGUCAUGUCUUUGUCUUCACAGCAAAUGAAGGUCCCAAACGCAAACAU